GAGGGAACUCUUCGGCAAAGAUGGGACCAAUGUACUGUUAUGUCUGAUCUUCCUACUGCCAGAACACCUGGCCUUCUUCAACCAUGAGACCCUGAGCUCUAAGUUCAAUGAAACCUGGGAGGUGAAGCUGCCCUGCACUGCAGACCCCCUGGCCCGCACUGAUGUUGCGGAGUCUCUCAGAAGCAGUCAGCCAAUCCUGGGUGGCGCGGCAGUGAGACGCCUAGCUGUCUGCACGGUCAAUGCACUUUGGGUACUCGUAGCAGGUUGCGACUUCAACGCAGCUCACUUCCUCCGUCACGAUGGAGUUCAGUUUCUUCUUCGCCUGUUGGAAUGGUAUCCGCGUGGUCUCUGCGGCCAAAUCCUUAGUUGCUUGACGGACCUCUGCAAUCACCCCGCGGUCCCCUGUGCGAUUCUUUCCUGGCGGGGUCUGCGCAAAUUACCACCAUUCGCACUGGACGACGCCGACUGCCUUCCCUUUGCUCGUCCAUAUCCGAGCGAGGGCAAUGCCGACGUUUACGAGGGUUCCGUCACGCAGCUCGCCACUCCGAGCACAGAGUUGGCCUACUACAAACUGGCGCCACUCGACUCCAGCUCCUUUUUCGGGAAGGGUGCACAGGGACCCAGUUUAGCCGCCCUACUUUGUUGGCUUUGGCGCAGGGAAGAG